AUGGCGCCCUCCUCAAACCUCACCCAGGCCGCGCGCGCCGUCCACAAGUUCAACGUCAAUGGCUACUCGGCCACGAAAGCCAUGGCCAAACACGAGCAUGUCUCUUCCAAGCGUCUCACCGUGGCCGGGUAUGCGUGGGAGAUCCACUACACCCCAGGCCACGAUGCGCACUGGCACUACUGGGUCGCCUUCAAGCUCGUCUUCCUCGGCAUCGGCGAGCAGGCGCAGCGCGCCGGCGGCGACGACGACGACAACGACGCUGGCGCCAUCAAGGCGGAGCUGGAGGCGUCGGGUUUCAUCACCGGCGACUCCUUCGCCGUGCGCUGCACCAUCACGGUGCUCAGCAAGAACACCAUCAACUCGGCCGAGCCGUCCCCCGACCUUCACCUGCAGCUCGGUGAGCUGCUGCGGAGCGGGAGAUUCGCCGACGUCGAGUUCAUCGUUUCCGGCGUGUCCAUCGCGGCGCACAGGUGCGUGCUCGCCGCGAGGUCGCCGUCCCUCGCCGCCGCCGUCCUGAAAGGUGGCACGAGGAAGAAGGAUGGGUCGGUGCGCGUUGAGGUCAAGGACGACAUGAGAGCCGGCGUCUUCAGGGCGCUGCUCCAUUUCAUCUACACCGACACGUUGAUGGAGCUCGACUGGAGAGAGGAUGGUUCUGAUCCCCUGCUGCCGAGGACGAUGGUGAUGAGCUUGAAUGAAGCCGCGGGUCGGUAUGGGCUGGAGAGGCUCAAGCAGAUUUGCGAGAAUAUGCUUGGAUUUGACGAUGCUUGUAGUGCAGAUUGUGCUGUCAUGUAA